GCCAUGCAUUUUUAAUAUUCGCACAUUUCUAUUCGAAUGUUUAUUUCAACAAAAGUCGAAUAUCAACUAACUGAAAUAUGAUGAAUAAUAUUUGUGAAGAAUUCGGUGAAGAAGAAUUACAAUCAUUACGAAUACAAUGGGAUAAAAUUGUCCAUUAUCAACAUGAAUGUUUUGGAUUGAAAUUAUUUCUCAGAUUACUCGAUUUACAUCCGGAAUAUUUAUGUUUAUUUGGAUUUACAUGGGAUGAAUUCAAUUAUCAUGAAACAAUUCGUCUUCGUGCUCAUGGUGUAAAUGUAAUGUACAUGUUAAAUAUGUUGUUUGAUAAUCUAAACGAUAUGGAUAUGUUCGAUGAAAUGAUUUGUAAAUUAAUACGUUUACAUUUAAUGCGUGGUAUACAAAAAUCCUGGUUCGAUGAUAUAUGUGAACCAUUCGAAACAGUAUUAAAAGAUUUUAGUCAAAAAUUAAAUAUUGAACAUCCAGAAUUUAUACGUAAAGCAUUUAUGUUUGUUAAAAAUCGUAUACAACAAUUAUAUGAUGAAAAUUUAACAGAAAUAUUAUUGGAUCAAAAUUCGGAUACAAGUGAAACAUAUUGAUGAUAAACGUUUAUCAAGAAAGCUUAUCAUUUUAAACAUAAGAAUAUCUAUUAUUGAAAUUAGCUAAGUU